GAAACCAAGAUGUCCGCUGUCUUAGAUGAGUUUUUUGUUCGAUAUGGAAAGCUCCACUGGGCAAUCACUAACAGGACAGUUGAAUGUAACGGGUAUCAUUGAUUCUGGAAUUUCUGUAAACUUGCUUCUGCUCGGCGAAAAUUUGGUGGAAAAGGCUUUUGAAGAAGCCUUAGAAGUGGUUCGUGAAUACAACUAUAGCGAGGUAAGUUUCAAUGGUGCAGGUAACUUUGUUUGUAUUUUGUGGUCACUGAAGUUCAUAAGAAUGGAAAAGUGAAGUGAAGUCGUAAAGUUGUCAUAUCAACAGAAGCGACCAUUGGAAUCCAAGUGUUUAGUAAACAGAGUAUGUUUGCCAAAGGGAAUAUACAUACUUUAAGUUUUAAAAGUUCAAAUGGCUAGUUAGGAAACCAGACAAACUACGGAUACUGUGAAUGAAAAAGUGAUCAUUAACUUUUUUCAGCCCCUAUGAAUUAACGGCUUAAACUGAGUUUUAGGACAAAAAAUUGAGAGGGAACAUCAGAUGUGUAAUCUAAUCUUCUCCUCAUUUGUGUUUGUGAUAUUCUGCAUAUCAGCUAAUUAAGCCUGUACCAAGCACAUCAAAAGCUUUAUUUUACCACUUUUUCGUGUUACAUUGCUACAAAUCAUUAUUCAAAUGCUGUUGUUAUUUGUGACUUUAGUUUGGUAUUAACUUUAGCCAAUUUCAGGCAAAUUAUUUAAUUUGAGUUGUAAUAAGGUCUAUGCGAACAAUUGAUAUUGUUACGGCCAUGUUGAAUCACAGUUAAGUGGGUUUAUAUGCGUGAAAGAGUGGAGGGUGGGGGGGGGGGGGUGGGUUGAAGAGGGGAAAUUUUCAGCUGUAGUUGUAGUUGUUAGAAAUCUAAGCCCUGGAGCAUAGGAUAAAUUAGAGAUCUAGGACCUAAACACUUUUUCUUUUUUUUCUGUGAGGAAAAAUAUGCCCUUAGAAUUGUUUCCAAACUGUGGAGUUUGCUUCUGUCUUGAAGGGAGGUACCACAUUGUUAGAGUCUCUCCUAGAUGUUAAGAUCCUUCAAUCUGUGAAAAUGAUCCAGAAUUUGAUUUAAUAAGGUUUGCUCCACCUUGCUCUGUGAUUGGUCAAGAAAACUUGCACCACCUUCUCUACCAGUCAGAUGCAAAACUAAAACCAAUCAUGGCUUGGACACUUUCUUUUCCUUUUUUUUACCUUGAGUUCUCUGUCUGACUUCCUUUGAUAUUUGCUGUAAUGAUUACAUGUACUGCAUACUUUGGUUUUUGUUUUGCCACACUCAGUCAAUAAGUGCUUUCAUCUCUUAAGUACUGAUUAAGAUGUUUAUGAAUGGGUAUGACUCAGUUGACAAUCCUUUUUCAUCAGAUGUCUUAUUUGCUUUCAGGUUUUAUCAAAUACCAGUAAACAACUCAGAGACAGUGAAGUAAAUAAAUCAAUUAAUGAGCCUGGAUUGAAUAUGGACAACUUUAACGUUGCACAGACAGAAGAACAGAGAAAGGAAGCUACUGAUGAUGAGUUUGAUGUAGUUGAUGCUGCACAAAUUUCAAACUUUCCUGCAAGCAACAUAAAGAUAAGUGAGAGCCCUUUGACAGGAAUGCAGGAUCAGUCUAAGGAUAAAAAUAUUAAGGGAUCAGACUCCAUCAUUCCUCAAAUAGAGGUUGACACUGUAACUACACUAAGUGGUUCAAGUGCUGAAGAGGGCAAUGGCAAGGAAGAGAAAAAGAGGAAGAAAUUAAGAAAGAAAAAACAAACAGGAUCAGGAGGAUCAGAGCAAGAUGAUGAUGACAAAGAUGAGCUGAAAGAUCAAAUUGAUAAACUGAAAAGAGAAAAUGAGAACAUGAAAAAGGACAUUGAAAGUUUGUCAAAGGAAAAAUUGUCUUUAGAGGAGAGACUGGGGGAGGAAAGUAGCAAGAGGGCAAAUGAAAAUGAGGAGCUGAAAAAUGAGCUAGAUAAAUUAAGGAGAGAGAAUGAAAGAAUGAAAUGGGAAAAAGAAAGUUUGUCAAAGGAAAAAUCAUCAUUGGAGGAUAAACUUGGAGAGGAAGAUAGCAAGAGAGCAGAUGAAAAAGAUGAGAUGAAGGUUGAAUUUGAUAAACUAACGAGAGAACAUGAAAACAUGUCACAGCAAAUUGAAAGUUUGUCAAAGGAAAAAUCAUCUUUGGAGGAGGAACUCAAUGAGGAAAGGAGGAAGGAAGAGGAUAAAGACAAAGUUAUCAAGGAACUUGAAAUUAAAUUAGACAGCUUAAAAAAAGAGAAUGAAAACCUGACAGAGAAAAACUUGUCCUUGGAGAAAGGCAUAGAGGAAAAAAAGGAUAAAGUAAAGGUAAAUGUAAUUAAAGCUGAUCUAGAGGUCUGUUGAUUAUCUAAAAUAUACACAGCCCAAUUAAAGUAGACUUUGUCACAAUAACAGGUCUACUAUAUUGUUUUAAACAAUCAACGAAAUGAACUCUGUCACAAGAAAAUACCUCAACCAGCCCAGGUCUCAAUCUCUUUUUUGAUAAGUGGCUGCUGAUGGUGUGAUAUAGGCUGCUGUGUUGUAAAGCAGAACUUGAACAUGAUAGCCCACUGACAAACACUGAACAGCUGGUAGUAAGAGGUCUUGCUUUUACUAAAACCUCGUUAAAACCCUCAAAUAUUAAACUUUUUGAGGCAGUGGCAGGAAAUAACAGAUACAGAUGAAUUAGGAAUUGGAGCUUUCACUUUAAAAUAGUUUAAUUGAACCACAAAUUUGAUUUUAAAAAACAUUUGCAUUUAAAUUAUGUAUUUUAUUCUUUAAGACACUUACAGAUCAACUACAACAAGAAAAAGAAGUCCAUGAACAAGCUAUUACAAACCAGACACCUGAAAAAGAUCAGCUUGUUACUCAACUAAAAGAAGAAAUUUCCAAACUUCAAGUCCGAAUUACAGAACUAGAAAAUGGCCUAGAAAAUGCUCAAAAAGAAAAGGAAGAAACAAUUACUUCUUCAAAAGAGAAAGUUAAACAACUUGAAGCUGAGAACAGAAGUAAGGAACAACAGCUAGAGGAUGCCAAGGAGGAUGUGAACAGGUCAAUGACUUCUUUGCGUGAUCAAGAAGAGAUGGCUAGUGGCCUGAAAGAAGAGAAUGAAUUGCUUAAGAGUCAAGUUUCUUCGCUGGAAGAAGAAAUUAAAAAAAGCAAGGAAGAACUAGAAAAAGCGCAGGAAAAAGAACGAAAGGUUCUUCUACAAGAAAAAUCCAAACUUCAGAAGGAACUCAACAAUGCUAAAACUCUAAAUAGUCAUCAAGACAAUGCUGUUCAGAAGCUCAAGAAUGAGAAGACUGAGUUGCAAGAGAAGAAUAGAAAACUGGAAGAGGAGCAGAGAUCAUUAGCUGAGCAGAAAAUUACGAAAGAAUCUCAGAGAAAACUGCAGGAAAGGAUCCAUGAGCUGGAGGAUAAGGUGAUCAAAGUCAAUGAAGAUAAAAAAAAGGUUAAAGCAGAUUAUGAAGAGGCUGUGAAAGCUUUGGAAGCUGUAGACAAAGUGGUAAGUUGUAAAAGUUGUAGAACCUUAUUGUAAGUAUUAACUCUUUACACCCGAACAUCAGUUAAUAUUUACAAGUUGUCUAUACUGCUGUCUAAGUAUACAGCUAUGAAGAGGUUGUAAUAGCUUUGGAAGUUGUAAACAAAGUGGUAAGUUGCAAAAGUUUUAGAACCUUAUUGUAAGUAUUAACCCUUUACACCCUAACAUUAGUAUAUAUUUGCAAGUUGUCUAUACUGCUGUCUAAGUACAUGGCUAUGAAGAGGUUGUAAAAGCUGUAGACAAAGUGGUAGGGUACAAAAAAUAUUGUAGAAUUCUGAACCAUCUUAUAAGGAACCAACUCUAAUUACACCUAACACCAGUAUGCUAAUACUCUAAAAAAAAAAGUAUACUGUUGUCUAUACAUUUUCUUUGGUAUUUACAAAGAGAAUUUGGCUAACAAACAAGAGGCUCUUACAACCUUAAUUUUUAAUUCAGGGGCCUUAAAAUGGUAGGUGCAUAUUUGUGGUGGGCGCUAGUCUGAGGUUGGGGGCUAAAUUGAGUAACUAUUGUCACUUACAGUAAUUCAAGUGUUGUGUAAAUCAAUCUGUCAAGAAUAAAUGUGUUGUGCAUUUAAUUUGUAACACUACUUUUAUAUUUUUGCCACAGUAUCGUGUCAGAGAGGAUACUCUAGAAAAAUACAAAGCUGACUAUGAAGAUGCCAUGGACUUGAUUAAAAAAAGUAAGCUCAUACUGCAGUGGUAAAUAAAUAUUAUUUAGUACAAAUAUUUUAUCAAAUAUGAUAUUUUUGACCAGAGAAUGGUAUUUAAUAUGAAGUAAUCUACAUACAAUCAUGCUUGCUGUAACCCACUUAUAAAAGCACAUAAUAGGUAUAUGUGACUGGUGUGGAUAAAUUUACAAGUUGAUGUGGAAAUUUAGUAUAAUUUUAUUAUGUGUUCAGAGCUUUCAUAAUCUAAAAGAUCACAAAGUUAAUGGUUCAAUCAAUGGUAUCCCAAUUACAGAGGAAAAAGAGAAUGCUAAGCUGGAGAGUGAUCUUUCAAAAAAUAAAGAGAAGCUUACAAGAGCUCUGGAAUACAGAGCAGAUCGAGAAGAACUCAAAGAUCAAAUUAGGAGAAGUAAACAGGCAAUCGAGUCACAGAAAGAGGAAGUAGAGCAGGCCAGGAAAGACUUAGAUGAGGAAAGACACACAUUGAGGAUGGCACAGUGAGUAGGGCACAAGUCUGCAUGGUCUCACAGUUGAUCAAGAUAUUAUCUUUACUUUGUUUCUACGCUUUGGAGCACACUGGCUUUUUCUUCCCCCCUCCCCCUCAGGCAUUUGAACUUUUGGAGGUUGGUUCAUUGAAAUUCCUGAUCCAUGGAGCCAAAAUUGUGCUCAAAUGCCCCGCCCAAGUACUGGUUUCAUCCUCAAUUUUUUUGUUUUUGUGAAAGGCAAAUUAUUAGCCCCUGUGACUCUCUUGUAGACCCUUCCUUCUGAGCCAUCUGCCCACAAUGACAGUUAAAUGCUUGUGGGUUGCCCAGGAGGAUGUUGAAGCUUCAAAUUGAAUGGUGUAAAUUACAUCUACAAACUGACUGAAUUCAAAGUGAAUAUAUAUUAAUAAGAAAAGGUGUUGCAUGAUCAUGCAAUUUUUUAUUCUUUUUGUUAAAUCAGGGCCAGAGCUCAGGAGAAGGGAAGAAAAAUUCAAAUUUUAAAUCUGGAGCUCACUGAAGUCAAGGACACCUUGCAGGUUUGUUUCUUUGGUUUAUUCCUAUUUAGAUGACUGUGUCAAUAUGAAUAAAUUUGUAUCAUGCUUUUCAGAUGAGUGAUUAUUUUCUUAAAAUGUUUCCCUUUUUAUUUUCCAUUCACAUUACUCGUGGUGUUUGUGUCAAUUUUAGAUUGCCAGGAAUGUUAUUGAUGAAAAAGAAAAGAACAUGAAAAGUUUGAGGGAAAGUUUGGAAACUGAGAAAGAAUUAAGGGUCAAGCUGGAAAAGGUAGGUCAGGCUGACAACGAAUUUAUUUUUAAGUUGUAACAAUGAUCAGUCAAUUUUAGCAGUGAAAGAAUAAAGCAUCAGACCUUAGAGGUCACCUUUCAUUUAUUAGAGGGGAGAAGGCUGGUGCAAAAUGGGGGAAGGGUCAUUAUAUUUUAUACAACCAAAAAGGGGAGGGUCAUGGAAUUAUUCCAUGACUUGAAAACAUUUUUCUCUAUUUCGUUACCAUGCUAAAAAUUAACCAUCUUUCUUAUUCUAUUUAUCUAAAUAUUGUUUAAUAAAAUAGAUACUUAUAUAUGUGUAUAAAUAUGUAUAUAAAUACAUAUGUUUCUUAUUGGGCUUUCUAUAAAUCCAGCUGUUGUGUAAUUCACAUGCAGCUGUAUGCAAGUAUUGUAAAAAAUAUGAUUAGAAGAUAUUUUGAUUCUUGUAACAGAUCAUAAGUAAAGAAAUUCUUUUUUGUGAACAUAAGAAACGUAAUAAAUAUCAGUAAAUUUACAAUUUUUCAUUUUCAACAGGAGCUAGACAUCAAGUCACAUAUUGAGAAGAAAUUGAAAUUUACAGAGGAGGAGAAACAUAGAGUUGAAUGUCGGCUGAAAAACACUGAACUGGAGUUAAAGGAAACCGAGACAAGUCUGGAACAAUCAAAUAGCAAGAGAAAAGUAAGUUGAAAGUUAAGAGAGCGUAUUGAGUACCAAAAUUGAAAACAGCCCUACCCCACUCAACCCCCCUCUCUCCCCCCCCCCCCAAAAAAAAAUGGAAGAACAAAGUGUUAUGCAGCAGCCUCACAAAGUUCACUGCCAAAAGGCCGUGAUGAUCCUGUUCCUUCCAUUUCAGCCUAUUGCCGGCAGAGGCUACCUUAUUAACGGUGUGGCAUGGGUAUGGUAUUGUCUACAGUUUACGAACCAGAGACAUUUCAUAUUUUGCGGGAACGAAAAUAUUCAGAUUCAAAUGAUAGCAAUUUCUGCAAGGAAUUUAAUUUUUGCGAUAUUCUGUUUAAAGAGUCGGACAUUUAAAAGAAAAGAAGCAUAAUAUUAUUACAAUUAUAAAUUGUCUAAUUAUACAGAGUGGGCCUACAUGGCAGGUGAUGUAUAGAGUGAUAUUACGAGUGAGUCGGAGUAUAAAGAUAAUGAAGAGACGCUUGAUUUGCCCGCUGAGCUUUAAUUCUUAAUUGGGCUGUAGGUCGUACAUUCUUUAAGCGUAUAAUGUCUUUUAUUUCCUCUUUUUUUCUGAAACUUACUGCGCGGAUCGAAGUGUCUCUGAAAUUGGGAGCCGCAAUUGGUUUUUGCUAUCCGGUAUUUAUUUACUUGGAUUUCUCAGCUUCAUCUUGCUGUUCAAUUCCAUCUGUACAAAAACCCUGACAAUCUCUUCGUCUGAAUCUCUACCUUGCAGGAACUGGACCAGAACAUAGAGAACUUACAAAAUGACAAAAAGCAACUCAACAGUCAACUUGAAGGAAAAUCAGCUGAAAUAUCAACCUUGACUGGACGCAUCAAAGAGCAAGAAAAAAACUUAGGUGAAAAGUUCAUGGAAAUAGUACGGCUUCAAAGUGUAGUUGAUGACCUUAAAGACCAGCUUGAGGACGUGUUGAUAUCUUAUGAGAAUGACCGUGACUGGUGGAAGCAGAGAGCUGACAAAGUGUUGGGGUAAGUGUGAAGGCAUUAUUUUGUAUCGCAAAUUAUCUAAAAUAAAACCUGCUAGUAAAAAUUAAUUCGACCAUAAUCUUUGAGAAAGAUUUUCAGAAGCAAUCUGCCUACCUUAGCCGUUAGCCUGAUUCACUGACCCAUUUUCGCGGUAAAGAUUACACUCUUCAAUUUGAAUAGAGCAACGGCACCUUCUGUCUCAACAAAAAAAAUAGUUAUUUGAGUCAUGAACGCCUUUUUUGCAAGAGAAAAAAAAUUAGAAAAAAAGGGAGGGAGACUGAUUAGGAAUUGGUUAGCGGCCAAGUUUCGAGGUAAUAUUCAAAUGGCGGCAUCCUUAUUCUCAAUUUUACCACAUUUCAAGACAAUUUCAGAACGAUAAGUAUCCUUGAGGUAGGAAUUUAAAACCCCUAUUAUAAUAUCUUAUAUAAUUUUUUAACACGUAGGCAAUACGUAAAUGCUUUUGGGACAGACUAGUUUUGGAUCGAUGUCAGUGGGUGAGCAACUGCGCACGUAUUCCUGAAAAAAAGGAAAGAUCCUUGACCCUUCACUGUGAUAUGUAAGUGUCUCAGGGGUGAUUUUACAAAAACACCUUUCCUUGCAGGAAGAGACCUAAAAGCGCCCCACCCAAGAGGAGGCCAGGCAGUGAAUUUCAAAGUGGUGGAUCAAGUUUAGUACGUAGACGCCUUGCGCACAAAAUGGGUCCACCGUGUUUGAACCAAAGUUACAUUAAUAGCUCACAUAAGGUAGACAUACAUCAAUGUUACUCAGACUUAUCUCAGUUUGGUGAGCCGUAGCUUGUAAAUUGUACUCAAACGCUUUCAGAUUGAGUGUCCUGAAAAUCAACUCAAAAUAAUCAAAACAGCCAAUCGGAGCAAAUGUAAUAAUUUCACAAGGAUUCCGUAAGAGCUCAAAAAAAAUAUUUGUAGUCUGCCCAUGGCACGGUGUAAGGCAAGUGGCCAAUUACCGAUUGGGAUUAGUUUUGCUUUCUGUUUGUAGCAGAAGGUAUCGUUUUAGAUUGUAACUUUUCUAAACUAAACAGAGAGUGAAAUAAAGCAAAACCAAAGCGAUCGCACAUUUCUUUCCAUGCUUAUUUGAAAAUCGGGUAUAUUUAGUCGGUCUGCUUGAUUUUAUUUUGGUUUCCUUGUGAUCUUUCCUUGUGAUCUUUUCCUGUCAUUUUAUUUCCGACGUGGUUAGUUUGAAUUUGGUUUUGCUACAAUUAAUAACCCUUUCACUCCCAAGAUCUCAUUAGUAAUUCUCCUUACUGUCUGCCAUACAGUUCUUAUAAUGUUAGUUCUGAGAAUUUGAUAUUGAAUCAACUAAUAAUCCUCUAACUGAUAUUUUUCUGUAUUCUCAUCACUUGCCUGUUUGAUAUUGUAUUGAUUUACUAAGAAGAAAUUCUGUCUUGGUCGCUUAUGGGAGUUAAAGGGUUAAGGAACGCUUCAUCACAAACUUCGAGUUAAAUAGUUAAUUUUGUGACGAUAGAUUGGACGGAUGAGACCUGUACCUGCAGGAGAAGAACAAACACCUCAAGUCACAAACGGUGAUCUUGCUGAUGGCGGGCCAGGACAUCAUUCAGCACCGGAGACCACCCCUAGACCUCCAAGUGCUUCUCCUUCAGACAGGCCGAGACCGAAACGUCCCAUGUCGUCAUAUGGUGUAAGGUCACACACACCUCUCCUGACUUGGUCACGUGAUACAGCGGGAUACCACAGCGACCUGGGUGGUAUUUCGGAGGGAACCGGUCUUAAUGGUUACGAUGCUGAUGAUGAAGUUUUCUCUUCGGGUAGUGUCCAUAAAGGAGACAAAGUUAUGAUACAAAGCAGAGUAACUGGUACGUAGUGUAAGAGUUAUCAUCACUAUUUUCUGUCCCAUGCCUCGUGCGGUUUCGCCGUUCGUUUUCACGGUUCCACCACUUGAUGCAUUAAAGCGCCCACAAAACCGCAAGCUACAUGUGUUAAGACGUUAAGAUUCAAUAGUACAUUACGAUUAGGAGUUUAAGAUUUUCAUAGCAAUGUUUUUGGCUGAAAAAAUAUCGAUGGUUUCCUGAAGCGCUUAAGCUAAAUUACGCGGAUACAAGGGGCCUGAACAAGGAUAAAAACACAAUUUAUCUUCAUCAGAUUUCGCGAAAAACAGACCCAUAACGUUUGACGGACAAACAGCUCUCCACUUGACUCUGAUGAUAGCUUCCGCUUAGGUUGUCGAAACGUCUGUCACUACUACAAGCAACAGUCCUUUUCAAUACUAUUCCCACUCGGACGACCCGAGUUCACGAUCAACUAUUUACUUAUUUGUCGUCUCUCUCUUUCCUCAAAGGAGAAGAAAAGAUGAACUUGACAGGAAUGGUGAAGUACGUCAGCAAAUUUGAUAGCGGUGGGAGUAUAUUUGUAGGACUCAAAAUUGAUCACCCAGGUAAAGAAGCAACCAUGAGUAGGAUGGCUCCCAGGCUCUCUCUUCUACCUUGGAGAACGAGGCUGGGUUAAAUGGCCGCAACCAAUAGAUUAAUACUAUUAAGGAUGUUGAAACUUUCAAUAUUUCUGUUUCUGGAGGCUGACAGCUCAUGAACUUCAAAUCUGCCAUUCAGUUCUGAGGACCCCCUUGAAAUUCUAGUCUGUAAUAUUGUCCGUUCUUCCCAUCCCCUAGACCUACAUUUCAUCUGUCCACCCCAUUCCUCUUUAAGAGAGGCCGCUUUUGAAAAUGAAACAGAACGCAAGAUCUGAGGUUAUUUCAGCUGGCCUAAGACUUUUAUGAGCAGAACAUUAUUGCCAGUUUUGUCGAGAUUCAAUUGGUCACAUGGUAGUCGCAUGGAUUGAUGGAGUUGAAAAGCAAAGCCUUCAUGUUUUUUUGUUCUCUUACAAAAUAUUAUUCGAGCUUUGCUUACUAUUUCUCUAACCUUGUAACCUUUUAUCUUCAGGAGCUUUUGGUGGUCAGGAAUAUAGCAGAGUGAAGCUGUCAGACAUACAUGCUGUUAUGAAUCCUCGUGUAGGUACUUUUAAGUUUUGUUUGUCCGUUUGUUUGCCAUCGACGAUUAAUUUUGAACGCCGUGACCAGCUACUCUUUAAUCCGUACCACUAACUUGAACUGCGAAGAAAUACGAGAAGGAGGCUAUAAUUCGUCAAUAGUGAAUGGAUCAAAAAAGCUCUAGGAAAUAGCAUCAAGUUCGAUUUAGCAGGAUGUUCGAGUUUUAAAGAUACAUUCAUCAAUGGGCUAUAAUUAACUUAUAGGGUAUAAUUUUCAUGUGCUCUAAACACGACAACAUGUUUUCUUUUCUAACACUUGGGUGUUUUGCGCAUGUAUUUUGUAUGCUAGAUAUGAAAAUUAAACGCGCGCUUGACGCGCGUGUUAUAUACGAUUUCAAUGGGGUUAACCGAUAGCCUUAAAACGGCCAAACCUUUAACCUUAAAAAAAGGUAACCGUUCAAAAAAAUUCUGGUGACAACAAUGGGAUGAUGUCAACCGUUAGUCAUAAAAUGGCCAUAGUUUUAACUGCAAGCCGUAAAAGCCGUCACACCAUUGAGACCCUCGUAAUGGCGCAAUAUACGUGUAAGCAAUUCUGUAUUAAAAAAUUAGAACUCCUAGUUAUAAGAAUAUUUGUCCUUUUUGCAGACUCGUAACUUCUCUCGCAUCAGACCUAUGACAUUUGACUAAAUGCAAUACCCACACUGACGGCCAGUCAUGGAAUGCUAUUUUGCAAUUGAUGCAUGAAGUCCCAUUGCAAGAGCGCAAGUCGACCGAAGGAAUCAUCUGUCAUUCAAAAUAGUUAGUGUUAACCCUUCACACCUUAACGUCAGUAUCCAUAUUCUCCAUACUCGUCUUUAUACAUUUCCUUAGAAACUGACAAGGAGAAUUGGUUUAACAAUCAAAGCUACUUAGUUUGGCGAUCAUUUCUUCAAUUCUCAUGAUCGUAAUGAAUGAUUCACCAGUAUUAUUGCAGAGAGAAAUUAUAUGUUAGUCACUCGUAGAGUUUAAAAGAUUUAAGAGGCAUUUACUGCUCUUCUCCCAUUUCACAUUGACCUUCUUUACAGACGCUAAGCAAACAAUUAGAUUGAUUUUUUAAAUUUUUAUGAGUGUGUUCAUCAGUAGAUCCCAAUUAUUUCUUAUAUAAGAAUGUUCUAAGUAUUCAUGCAUUUGAAUGUUUUCUCACAAAAAAUAUUUUUUUGGUAAAUCAAAUUUUAUAAAAUCGACAAAUCAUUUUAAUAUUUAUUUUAUUUUUUUUUUGGUAUCUGAUAUUUUUACUGUGGUAGAGCUUUCAAUUAUGAAAUGACCAACGAUUUGAACGUUUUUUUCACCAACUAUAUAGAGUGUAGUAUUAAAACGAAAAUAGUGUUUAAUUUGUACGUGUAUAUAGUGCCGGAUAAUUUGAGAACUUAUAUAGCCGUGUGACAGUUGCAAAUGUGUAAAGUAUUUUUCUAGCUAUUACAAUUAGAUACGCCCAUAAAUUUACAUUUAAUCUUUAACUUGAUUUUAUAAUACCCUAGACGUCUUACU